AUGACUCCCUCAAGGCCUGGGGACACGCGGGUCUUUGGUCUGGUGAAACGGGAAAAUAUCAGCGCCGCCUGGAAAUGUUCCUUCGACCGCGUGGGGCUGGCGGAGGGCUGGUGGGGUCAGCCGCCAGAGUUCGGGUCGACAGAGAGCUCGGUGACGGUGCAGGAGGGAAGCACCGCCAAGCUCCCGUGUGUCGUGUACCACCUCAACGACAAGUCUGUAACGUGGCUGAGGCGGCGAGACCUGCACAUCCUCACCGUCGGCCACCACACCUACUCCGCGGACCAGCGUUUCCAGGUGGUGCACGCGGAGGGGAGCAACGAGUGGACGCUGGUGGUGCGAUACGCCCAGGUGCGGGACUCCGGCGUGUACGAGUGCCAGGUGAACACGGAGCAGAAGAUGUCCCGCCCCGUCACCCUACACGUGCACGACCCCCGACGCGUGGUGACUCAGAGUAAAGUGUUCGUCGCCAACAACACAGCCUCUACCAAGGACGGCAAGCUACGUGUCGAGAUCUUGGGUCCCCGCGAGAGGUACAUCGAGGCUGGCUCUUCGCUGGCCCUCACCUGCCUGGUCACCUCGGCCCGCGCGCCCUCCACCCUCGUCUACUGGUACCACGACACGAGCCUCAUCGACUACAACUCUCCCAGGGGCGGCGUGAACCUUAAGAUCGACCGCGGGCGAGGAGAGACCACGACGCGGCUGGUGGUGUCUGCCGUGGGCCCGGGCGACUCCGGCAUGUACUCGUGUGUGCCUCAGGGCUCCCACCCCGCCACGGUGCUGGUUCACGUGCAGAAAGGUGAGUUAGGCUACCGGGAGGCGAGGCAAGGAUGGGAAGGUGGACAGUGAGAGAGAGGUGGACAAGGGCAGCAUGGUGGGCAAGUAGUAGGAAGAAGAGGAAGGUAGAUUAUUUGUAGCAAGAUGUUAACGGAAGGAUAAGAGUAAAGAAAGGGAAGGCGAGGGAGGGAAGAGGAAGGUGUGAGGCAGCGGGAAAAAUGGCAUAGGCGUCAGGUAGGGA